CUUUUAGAUGUGAAAACACCGAUUAAGAAGCUUUCUUUUUUUUUUUUUUUGCCUGUAUGUUUAUAAUACAAUAUUGUCUUCCUCGGUUUUACAGCGACGGUUAAAUCCGUUGAUUUUUAAAUCCUGAGAUGCAAACCACACACUCCUCCUUCUCCUGCUGCUCUGAUCGGUUUAUAAACCCAGUGCCGAGGGCAUAUCCUCAUUAUUGAUACAUUACGCAUCAAUAAGAUCAUCAUCUCCAUCAGCAACCAUGUUCUCCCGUUCUCUCCUGCUGGUUCUGCUGGGUCUUUCCUGCCUUCAGUCCUUCACAAUGGCACAGCGUGCAAAUGGGGCAGACUUAUGCUGUUUUGAGUUUCACAAGAGACCAUUCCCCGCAUCCACCGUUGUCUCUUACGAAGAAACAAGAUCCGAAUGUUCACUUCCUGGAGUCAUUUUUACAACAAAAAAGGGUUUUCGCAUGUGUGUGGACCCUGAGGUGGAGUGGGUGCAGCACAUCAUCAAAAGUAAAUCAUCAGCCUACACUCAGACGACACAUUAAAACGUCUGUCCAUGAAUUAGCUUUACUUUGCAAAAUGCUUCAUUUCACCUACAUAUUACUUCAAGCAAUUUGAUGUUGUAUGUAACAGGACAAAUCUUUCUGUUAAACAUUCACCUGUAGCCGCACGCACUGAUUUAUUUUAUCUUCUGCACAAAUAAAGGACACAUUUGUUACUCAU